AUGGGAGUGCAGCAACUAGAUGGAGAAUCAUUUCAUGAAUAUUGGGAUCAGUUUCUGAGACUCCUAGCUUCGUUCCCUCAUCACCAAAUUGAAGAUUGCCUACUUAUGCAAUACUUUUAUGAGGGAUUACUCGAUUCGGAGAGGAUGAUGGUUGAUGCUACUAGUGGAGGAGGCUUGAUGAACAAGAGUGCUACUCAAGCUAAGGAGAUGUUUGAGAACAUUACAGCAAACUCUCAACAGUUUAAUUACCGGAGAGCUCCCCCAAAGAAAGCAAGUGUUUAUGAGGUAAGUGCUAGUGAUAUUGGUCCUCAAAUAGCUAAUUUGACUCAUCUUGUUAAGCAGUUAAUCCCUCAAGCACAAGUGUGUGCUGUGUGUGCUAAUCUCGGACAUCCUACGGAGUCGUGUCCAAGUUUGUAUGGUGAUGGAGAAGAGAUGGCUCAAGCACACUAUAUGCAGCAACAAAAGCCAAGAAACGAUCCAUUUUCUAACACCUAUAAUCCGGGAUGGCGGCAACCUCCUAACUUUGGGUGGAAGAACAACCAAAACGUGCAAACAACCCUGGUUCAACAAAAUGCACCACCACCACCUCCUAGGCAAGGUUUCAUGCAGGAAACAAGGCAAACACAUGCACAAAUGUCUACAGCAAUCAAGAGCCUUGAAAACCAAGUUGGACAAAUUGCAACCUCCUUGAGUCAAAGAGAGCCAGGAAAGCUUCCAAGCCAAGUAAUUCCAAAUCCAAAUGGAGGCCAUGAAACUGCAAAGGCGAUUACUCUUCGAAGUGGAAAAAAGGUUCCUUUUCCUCGUAGGUUUUUAAAUUCAAAGAAGGAGCAAGUUUCAAAGGAUAUCCUAGAGACUUUCCGAAAAGUGCAAGUGAACAUUCCCUUGCUUGAUGCAAUCAAGCAAAUUCCAAGCUAUGCAAAAUUCCUUAAAGAACUUUGCACAAAUAAGAGGAAGUUCAAGGAGCAUGAAAGCAUGGCCUUAAGUGAAGAAGUCUCGGCCGUGCUAUUGCGUGAGCUUAAGAAGACUUCCGUGAGCAUACAAUUGGCUGAUCGAUCAAUCAAGUAUCCUAAGGGAGUGUUGGAAGAUGUUUUGGUCAAGGUGAAUGAGAUCAUUUUUCCAGCUGACUUUCUAGUGCUCGAGAUGGAGGAAGUUCCUAUUCUUGGAAAAGAACUUCCAGUGAUUCUAGGACGUCCAUUCAUGAGAACAGCAAGGACAAAAAUCGAUGUGUAUAAAGGCACUCUCACAAUGGCAUUCGAUGAGGAAACCGUAGAGUUUAAGGUAUUUGAUGCUUUAAAAUAUCCUAAUGAUGAUCAUGCUUGUUUUUCCAUAGAUGUACUUGAGCAGAUGGUACAAGAAACGUUUAAUGCAUCACAAGGAGAGACGCCAUUGGAGAGGGCACUCAUCCAAGGCCCCAAAACUGUGAACAAAGAAGGGAACACAACUGUACUUGAAGCCGUGAAUAUGCUUGAGGCCUUGCCUCCCCAAAGAGGUAAGUCUAACUCUAUUUUUGAGCCUCUUCCGUUAUCUACUACUAAGCUUGUUCCCUCUAUUGUGAAGGCACCACAGGUUGAGCUAAAACCCCUUCCGAAGAACUUGAAAUAUGCAUAUUUAGGUGAUGAAAAGACGCUGUCUGUGAUCAUUGCUUCUAAUUUGAGUGCAUCCAAAGAACACAAACUAAUUCGAGUUCUAAGGGAGAGCACAAGACUGCCCUAG